AGGCGUUGACUACUUCGCUGGCAUUUCUUCGUCUACUUCAACCAAGUUUUUUUCGUGUUUGGAGUCAUCAGUUCUUUCAAUUUCGAUCAUGAUUAUCUUGGUGUAAUUGAUAUUAAUUUUUAUGUUUAGCUUUUGGUUUUGAUUUCCAUUAACGAUAAUGACACGUGGACCCGCUGUUCUGGAGAAGGAGCGUAGCCGGAGCCGCAGUCAUCGAAGGGCUGUAGCAUCUGGAGUAUCUUCAAAUGAAGUCACAACUGCUGUUGAAGUAAACAAGGAUGUUGAACAAGCUUCAUCUUCAUCUUCAGGUGGAGCGCUUCCUCAGUCCUUGUCAACGCGUUGCCUAACUUACACUCUAGAGGCGCAAGAUGGUCGAGCCCGCGCCGCAACCAUCCAAUUACCGCAUGGGCCUGUGCAAACACCUGUUUUCAUGCCUGUCGGGACUCAAGGAACCAUCAAGGGUCUUUUGAGUCGUGAAGUGAAAGCUUUAGGUCCCCAAAUCAUUCUUGGCAACACGUACCACUUAGCGAACCGCCCAAACUGCGACCGACUGAGAAAAUGUGGCGGCUUGCACAAUUUUAUGCAGUGGGACCGCAAUAUUUUGACGGACAGCGGCGGAUUCCAGAUGGUUUCCCUCUUGAAGUUAGCCAGUAUCAACGAGCAGGGCGUGGAAUUCGAGGACCCGAAGAAUCCUGGUAGUAUGAUGCUUCUGACGCCGGAAGAGAGUAUUAGGAGUCAAAAUGCCAUCGGCAGCGACAUCAUGAUGCAACUCGAUGACGUGGUGUCCAGCUGCGAACCCGACAAAAAGCGCGUCGAGGAAGCGACGCAUCGCACUACGCGAUGGCUUGACCGCUGCAUCGCGGCACACGCGAAUCCGGAACGACAGAACCUCUUUGCGAUCGUGCAAGGCGGCUUGCACGAGGACCUGCGGAAAAUAUCUUUGGCAGACUUGAAAGCAAGAGGCGACCAUUGUCCGGGCUACGCGAUUGGAGGCCUCAGUGGAGGCGAAAGCAAACACGAGUUCUGGCAAGUCGUUGCACAGUGCACAGACGAAGAAAAAGACGGAUUGCCAAAAUUGAAACCCCGAUAUUGCAUGGGAGUCGGGUACUUAAAUAUUUUCUAUUCGACCGUAGUUGCUUAUGGCUCCGGACUUCUCCGUUUGUUGUACAACAAAAACUAGAAUUUGUUAUUGAUCUCGAGCAAAUGAUGAUAUGGAUCUUCUGGUAGUAAUUCGCUAUAAAUCCUCAAGGAUCUUCCAAAAAAGUCAAGAAAUGCCAAUCUUGCACACUCUCUAUUUCAAGGUACAUGUUGGACAUCGUCGUUUGUGUUGCCUUGGGCGUGGACAUGUUUGAUUGUGUCUACCCUUGCCGCACUGCCCGUUUCGGCACUGCCUUGACGCGACAGGGACAACUUAGGCUGUCUUCCGCGGCUCGGUUCGAGAACGAUUUUGGCGUCAUCGAGGAGGGCUGUGAUUGCUACACUUGCGCGCAGGCUAAGUAUAGUCGCAGCUACCUGUCUCAGAUUGUUGCGAAAAACGACAAGAGCAACCCGGUCGGCGCGACACUUUUGACGAUCCACAACGUGCGGUUCAUGAUGCGGCUAAUGUCCGACAUGCGAAAGGCGAUUUUAGAAGGGAAAUUCUCGGAAUGGGUCGUCCGAUUCUUGCAAACCCUGUAUCCCCAGCACACUCCAUCUGAUAGUUCUACAAGUAAGACUUCGAAAAAGAUCAAGAUGAAGCAAGCUCCAGCAGCGCAGAAGGGCGAAGUGGUAGACCACGAAAAGAGUAACGGACAAAAUGAAGCGCCUGAAGAAAGCAAAGUCGUUGAUGAAAAGAAAGCAGCAUCGAGUAUGAAGCCUGAUGAUGAGGAAAAAGCUGAUGGUCCACUGUUGCCGCCUCUCUGGGUCAAAGAUGCCCUCAUGCGCGCAAAAAUCAGAGGACUGAAGGAAGCAUUUGACUGGGAGAACGGCACGCACUCAAAGGAAGACAUGCCAAAAAUGCAAUAGUCUUGGUCUACUUUUUACAACCCCACUCUACCUCGUACAGCGACACCCCAGUACAUGCUUUGAGCACCAUGAUGAAUUACGCAGACUGCGCCUACAAAUGAGUACGUUUCUUAUUUUUUACUUCAACGAUGGCAUGCUCUGUUAAGGACGUAAGAAUGUUGAUACGCAC